AUGCCCCUCAAAACCGGACAUUGUUUGCACGAUGAGCAUACUCUGAGAUCCGUGUUCGAAAAUCGUCCAAUUGAUGAUGGUAGUAUCCAUGUGAUACAUCUUGUCUGUCCACCCAAAAAUCUCAAUGCCUUUAACGAACUUCGAAAACGUAAUGUGGCCCGCACUCAGACGAGUGCGGUGCCAGGAGCUCAUUCCGGUGCGCAUCUACAAACCCAGCAGCCCGGUUUCAGCAGCGUAUUUCCCUCAUUUUAUGCAAACUCUUUAUGGACUAAUAAUAUUGCAACACAGAGAGGUUUUAUUGCGCCACAGCCAAUGCCUGCUUCGCCAAGUGCUCAAUUUCAGAGCGCAUAUCAGGCGUAUAUGGCUUCAUAUUGUAAUUAUAUGUAUCAGAUGAUGGCCGCAGUAGGGAACAAUCCAAAUGCUGUGCAAUUUUCGCCUCAAUUUCUUCUGAACAAUCAGCAAAUGCUAAGUGCAAAUUUACCAUUGCAACCUCAACAAGCCAAUCGACCGCAGCAGGCAUUUGCUGCUGAACCAAAUCUGGCUGCUCCUGCUGCUGCUCCAGCUGCAGGUGGCAUUGUUCAGGAAGCGGUUGCCGGUGAUGUUGAUGGCCAACAGAGAGAUUUUUUGGAUGUUGUUUAUAAGGCAAUCAGAAUGUGUUUUCUGAUAAUGCUGGUUUAUGUAUAUUCAUCAGCAGAACGUUUUCUCGGUGUUUUCAUCUUCAUUCUUCUGGUCUGGUGUAUACAGGCACGACGUGAUCGAAAUAAUCGUGAGCGAGCGGACCGAGAACUGGCUGCUGCUGCCGUGGACAAUGCCCGUCAGCCACAACAGGCACGACGUGAUCGAAAUAAUCGUGAGCGAGCGGAUCGAGAACUGGCUGCUGCUGCCGUGGACAAUGCCCGUCAACCACAACAGGUAUGUUUUAAGAAGGAAAAGAAUGACUUAUACAAAUACAGUAGUGUGUUAUGGAUGUAG